CAAAGAUCCUGGCAAUUUGAAACUCAGAAGGCUGGAGCCAAGAUGGUGAAGACCUGGGCCAUCCCGUGCUCUCGGACACCUUGAAGAUGUUUUACUUGAAGACCAACUUGGAAGCCCUCUGGAGGAUUUCCAAUCUCACCCCCUUUACCCAGAAGCACCUGAAGAAGGUCUACGCCAGCCUUGCCCUCUGCAUGCUGGUGGCAGCCACGGGUGCCCACCUGAACGUGGCGGCCCACCUCUUCGAGGCCGGCUUUCUCUCAGCGCUGAGCUCCUUCAUGAUUCUCUUCUGGCUGCUGAUCACCCCCCACCGAGAUGACACGGAGCCCAAGAGACUGCUCCUGCUGGGGGGCUUCGCUUUCCUCAUCGGGGUCGGGCUGGGCCCCGAGCUGGACUCCUGCAUCGACACUGACCCCAACAUCGUCCCUUCCUCCUUCAUGGGCACGGUGAUGACCUUCAGCUCCUUCACCCUGAACGCCUUCUAUGGCCGCUGCCUCGGCUGCCUCUGCCUGGGGGGCAUCCUGCUGUCCGCCCUCAUCCUGUUGCUGGUCUCUUACCUGGGGAACCUCUUCUUCCUGUCCAGCUGGCUCUCGCAAGCGAACAUGUACAUCGGACUGGCGUUCCUGUGCGGACUCGUGAUCUUCGACACGCAGCUCAUCAUCGAGAAGGCAGAGAGAAAGGACGAAGACUACAUUUGGCACUGCAUGGACCUGUUCCUGGACUUUGUUACCCUCUUCAGGAAAUUCAUGGUGAUUAUUGAAAUGAAUGAAAAGGGCAAGCUGAAAAGGCAAUAAAAGGACAACCAUCUGACAUUUUUCUCAUUGGCUCUUUUCUUACAAACCCAAAUUUUCUCUUUGUACCAACAGCAGGAGGCAUAUCAGUGAAAAAGAAAGGCAUUGAUUAAAAAAAUAAAGCUUUGGCCCUCUCUCGUU